AGACAAAGAAAAAAAAAAAUAAAGCGAAAUCCACAGUAAGAGACAGCACUCCUCUUGCACCAUUAUAGCUUCUACCGAACCAAGCAAAGCGAAACAAACCAAAAACCAAUAAACACACGCCCACUCUGCCACCAGCAUCCACCACUGACUCCGCCACAAAUUCCAUUCCUGUCUCCACCACAGAUUCUCUGAUCUCCAAAUUCAAUUCGCGUAUUAAAAUUCGCUGCGCAUGGCUCUUACUCGCACCAGCGCCAUCUCGCUUCUCGCGCUCUAUUAAUUCUCUUCUCUCCUCUUUCUAUCGCCUCACCAAUUCACGCUCAGUGAUUUAGUUUAUUACGAGCUGAAAAUGCUGACGUGCAUAGCUCGUCCAAAGAAACCUGAUGAGUCGGAUCCGAACAACGCGACAAGCGCCGCGAAAACUCAGGCCGUCAAAUCACUCACUUCUCAGAUUAGGGAUAUGGCGUUGAAGGCUUCGGGAGCGUACAAGCAUUGCGCUCCGUGCACGGGGCCGACAGCGCAGGGGAGAGUGCGGAGCAAUACGGAGUCGGACGCGGAUUCGGACCGUUUCCGGUGGUCGUACCGGAGGACAGGGAGUUCGAGCUCGACGGCGACGAGGACGUGGGGGAAGGAGAUGGAGGCGCGGCUGAAGGGAAUUUCGAGUGGGGAGGGGACGCCGAACUCCACCAGCGGGCGGCGGACGGAGCCGGUGGUGCUGUUCGUCGAGGAGAAUGAGCCUAAGGAGUGGGUGGCGCAGGUGGAGCCCGGCGUUUUGAUUACGUUCGUGUCGUUGCCACGUGGCGGGAACGAUCUCAAGCGCAUACGCUUCAGUCGAGAGAUGUUCAAUAAAUGGCAAGCUCAAAGAUGGUGGGCAGAGAACUACGACAAGGUCAUGGAACUUUACAAUGUUCAAAGGUUUAACCGGCAAGCAUUCCCUCUUCCAACGCCACCAAGAUCUGAAGACGAGAGCUCAAAGCUUGAAUCAGCGGAAGAAAGCCCUGUAACGCCUCCACUGAGCAGGGAACGGUUACCUCGUAAUAUGUAUCGUCCAACAGGGAUGGGAAUGGGAUACUCAUCCUCAGAUUCCUUUGAUCACCAAUCAAUGCAAUCCCGGCAUUUCUAUGACUCAAAUGGUAUGAACUCAACCCCAAAAGUGUCCACCAUUAGUGCGGCUAAGACAGAGAUAUCAUCCAUGGAUGCUUCUAUGAGAAGUAGCUCAUCGAGAGAGGCCGAUCGCUCGUGUGAUCUAUCAAUCAGCAAUGUUAGUGAUUUGGAGACAGAAUGGGUUGAACAGGAUGAACCUGGGGUUUACAUUACCAUCAGAGCAUUGCCAGGUGGCGCAAGGGAGCUCAAACGAGUCAGGUUCAGCCGAGAAAGAUUUGGGGAGAUGCAUGCUAGAUUAUGGUGGGAGGAGAACCGUGCCAGAAUACAUGAACAAUACUUGUGAUUUAUGAGAUUUUACAAAGGGGGGUUGGCUGCUGAUGCUUUACAAAGUGUGGAGCUGGUGUUGCUUAUUAAAUUGUUCAAUAUUUGUUUUGUUAUACUACUAAGUCUCGUUAUAGGUGCAGGUGUCAGAUGAGGUGCUACUCGCAUCUCUGCCUUUUUUGGGCUAUUUACAUCUCUACUCACACUUCUCGUCUUUGUGCGACCGGUUCAAGUUAUAUUCUCUUGGAUCACAUGUGAGUGGUAAAUAUAAUUUCUAGUAGUUAAAAAUACUGGUGGAUCAAGUGCAGCAAUGAUUUACUUAAAAAGCUUAAGUAUGGUGGGUGUAAAUUCUAUUACUAUUCAAAUUGGAUACAAAGAAUGGAUCUACUUUCAUUAAUUUUGUCCCUAUGCAUAUCAGUUAUGAUGCUCAAACAAAUGAAUGGAUAUGUCACCAGGAUUAUUGUCUC